GACCUUGGCUAGGGUUGUAUUUUCCUUCAACCAUUCCUCGGUUGGAUGGGAGGGGAUCUUCACAACCCUGUCUUUGACUCCUGAGACGCUUAGAAGAAGGAAUUCUCCAUCGUCAUUCAGCCCGGUGUUAAUGAGGGUCAUCUCGGGGAUUUGGCGAAUGGUGAGAAACUGCUUGGUUGCCGCGUCGACGAGCAUCCAGCGUCUGUCAAGAUCAAGGCCUUGGGAACGAAGGGUCGUCUUGGAUAGCUUGAUCCCCCUGCAUGAUUUGAUAGGAUAUACCAUCAAUGAGACAAUCUCAGUGGUAUCAUUAUUCUUGGUAAUAUAGUUGAGUCUGGGUAUUUUAACACUCUUGGGUAGGCCUUUGAAUACGGGUAGGAUAAGCAAGAAGGCCAGAAAGGCUACAGAGAGCACAGCCGGGGCCGUAGGAUAUUCAAAAUCAAGCAUGAUUACCAAUUUCCUGCAACCCCUUCACUAACCAGAAUGGUGAUUUGAAGUGCAAUCAAACGUUCGAGUCAAAAGCGAGAUUUGAUAUCCACCUAUUCUGCCGCGUGAUACCGCCUGCGUGGGGAGACGAAAGAAUCAUCAUCAUCAUCAUCACAACUUGAUAAUCGCUCAAAUUGCUGGUCGCAUGGAGGUGUUGCCCUUCCCGGCAUUGCUUGUGCUAGACGACGAGCCUGAAAAGGUUGUAUGCGCAGGUCCCUCAGAUUCCGCAACGGAGACGCGCGGUCUAUUGGCCCCAAGCUAGUAUAGUAGCGGUUGCUGGCGGGCUGGCGUAGUUGGCUCCAGCUGAUUCAUAUAUCAUGAUCUCCUCCAUUUGGAGUGUGUGGGAUGAUGCAGAUCCCAGAAGGAAUAGUUGAUGAUGUUACAUCGCCGGAGUGGUUGGGUCUGCGAUGAUCGCUCCAUCGACACGUCCAAACGCACCAUCGCGGAGACUCACCGACGCCUCCCCACACUGUUCUCCAUCCACCCCGCAAUCGUCAUGGGUGACUGCGGCGCCGACGUGGAGCAACCGGCGGCACAGCUAACGUCGGACAGGGGCGUGCCCUCUGCAGAGCCAGAUGAAGAAGUCUCGGUGCUUGUGACAGGAUUCGGACCUUUCAAAACGAAUGCAGUCAAUGCCUCGUUCCUGAUCGCUUCGUCUCUCCCCUCCUCCUUGAAGAUCUCGCCUCCCAUCGGUGCCUCAUCAGAUGGUUCUGUCCCUGCAUCUCGUCGAGUUUCAAUCCACGUUCAUCCCACCCCCAUCAAAGUUGCGUAUGCAACGGUGCGCAAGACCAUUCCAGCAAUACUCAAAGACUAUGCCAAAGCCCACGGGGGUCGGCAACCUGACAUCAUAAUCCAUAUUGGUAUAGCGGCCACGAGAAACUACUAUUCGGUCGAAACCCAUGCCCACCGGGAUUCGUACUAUGUGUCAGACGUCAAUGGCAAAUUGGCAUACGAGGAUGGCGAGAAGUUAUGGAAGGAAUUAGGGCUCCCUGAGGUGUUAGAGCCAGGCCCCUCAACUUCCGGGGCUAAGAUUACUACGUCGUCAACUCCUACAACCUCAGAACCGGCGUCGUUGCCGCCACGGGCGACGCAACGGCAGCUCAACCCGUAUCCUCCUGAGAACGGUUUCCUCGGAACAUGGAAGUCGUUUAUCCCUUCGGCAGACCUGCGAAUCUCGAAAGACGCUGGUCGGUAUCUUUGCGAGUUCAUCUUCUACACGAGUCUAGCGCGCGCGUACUUGGAGGGACAGGACCGAAAUGUGCUGUUCCUCCACGUUCCGUCGUCAUAUGCGGACGAGGAUAUCGAAUAUGGAAAGGAUGUGACGGUGGCACUGAUCAAAGCCCUGGUCACCCGUUGGAUUUGUUAGUUGAAAGAGAUGGUUUCUGUUUUAAGGAGAGGACCUGAAAUUCAAAGUCGAGCGAUUCUCUCUUGGUCCCUCCAGCACUGCCUCGAGGGCAGCAAACCGAGUCUCUCUCACUUGUCUAAGAUGCUCCUCCUGGGUAGCUCCCAGACGCACAAGCUCCGCAACCUAAUGUUACAAAUAUUAGCCAGAAGCUUCACCAUUAAGAGAACAAUUUAUUGAACCUACCUUCUCACGAUAUCUGCAUGUUCAACGUAUAGCCAGGACGGUGAAUUUGAUGUUCUCUCUGUCCAUGCCACUUACGUUAACCAUUGUCCAAGGAGCCUGCAGUUGCAGUUUCAGUUGUAGGAGUUGCAAUACUAGUCGUUCAAGUUGUAGCGGUGGUAUGACAAAUGUAGCUUAGGCAGUGUUCUUCUUGUUGCAGUUGCAUGUUGGUCGCGGUGGUGGUGAUGGUGGUGUACUUCAGAGAAGAAGACUAUCUUCGGAAGGGGAAUGCUCUAUACUUCCCUCUUUCCCGCUGGGCACCUUCGCUCAGGUUUCC